GGUGUCGUAGUGAACAGAGCCGACACCGACAGGUGACAUAGAAAGAUAAAACAACGACUGUCGGCUUCAUGUUGACCAUACACAGAGAACGGUAGCUGUUGAUGUAAGUUAACACAGUUUUAGAGCGAGCACACAACAGUGGGUAAAACAUCAUCUUCUCAAACAGAGGCUGUGGUAUCUGAGUAUGCAUCCGUGACGGACUCUGUGAAAGAAGUUGAGAUUGUUGAGGGUGAUGCCCACAAAACAAAGGAAAAAAAUGCACCUGGAGAUUCCUGCUCUCUUCACCUACUGUUGAGGUUCACAUACAGUUUGAACCCCUGGAGAUGGAGACCACUCCUUAACAUGACUCUGUCCCACAAAGGAUUAUCUGUUGAGUCUUUAAUUUAAAAAAAAGAUGUACACAAAUUGAGUCCAGUUGACGUGUCAAAGAAUGAUGUCAAACGUGUACAUAACCAGAUAAGAAAGAAGAACCAGAUAACAGAUAAGAACAUGAAAGUCAGGACCUUGCGUGACCAUCGCUGAUUUUCAUUACAGCCAUACGUCCUCUGAACAUGGAGUGAAUGGGUCGGUUGGUGAACGACAUUGGCAUUUUGGACACCACUUUGAGAAACACAUGAUUGAGUUUAGCCGCAGUUGUUGGCCUUGGUCGCAAGUCUUUCAGUCUUCUUUAAACCUCGUACCAUAUGUGAUCUAUUGCGUUUAUAUAGUGCAGGCCACUUCAUGGUUCAGAUGCCAAUUUAUUGCAGGACGUCGCCUGGCAGUAUGUGCACAGUGUGUACACGGGCGUUGUGCAGUGUGAUUGUACCUACGUGGUUGAUUGUUGUCAAGAAAUAAAUACGCCGGACUGUCUAGGGUCUUUUUAUGACGAUACUGGUCUCUAAAUGUAUGCAAAUGACAACAUCGUUUUCUUCUGUGCAUGCCAUGUCAUGUUUAUUUGACACACGAUAUGCCAUGAAUGCUAUAAAUUGACAAAAUAGGUGUGAACAGAGCUGAUCAUCUCCAUCCCGAGACAGAGAUUGGAAACAGCAAGGAUGUUGUUCCAAAUGUCAACCAAGGAUUAGCACACAUAAUCAAGCAUUACCGGUUGCUCUUGGUCCAGUCGUAGACGUCCUCCCAUAUCAUAGACAUGUUCUGCUGCCUCGAAACGUUGGUUAAAACGCGUGCACCGAUCGAUUAUGGUUAUCUUGUUGACAUGACGUCAGACGUGAACGAAGUGCCCGUGGCAAGUCAUGAGAGUUGCCCUACUGUAGAUGAUGUCUCCCAAGAGAUGAUAUUGUGUUUGAUUAACAUCAAAGUGUCUGGCAAUUUCGUUUUGAGCCAUUCCUGUUUGCAAGCAUACCCAGGGUGCAUUAACGUUGGUUUUCAAUGAGCUGGGUCAUUAAGUAAGCUUUAUUUAUGGUUAAACAAAUGUUGUUUGUAUGAGCACCUGAUACCUAAACAAUCAUUGUGUGCGGUCCAUAUAAAAAACACGUGUGUGAGUAUCAUACAUCCAACAAACAUGCAAAAAUUCAAGUUGUGCAUGCACCAUGAACGAAUGUUCAUUCAAUAUUGACAUCAUUUUCAAUGCUGUAUACAUUUAUACAGGAAUUAAGGCCCAUGAUCAGCAAUGUCGGACAGGGAAAUCCUGCAACGUCAUCAUGGAUUGCUGAAGGAGGAACUGGAAGUGACACUGGUUCUUGACAAACUGUACGAAUGCAGUAUAUUCAGCAUUGAGGACAAAGGUGAAUGCAAGGCCAAGUUGGGCCGAUCUGCACAGAGCGAUGAACUGCUCACCAUCCUCACAAGGAAAGGAAAAAGGGGAUAUAAUAUCUUCAUGCAGAUACUGAGCGAGGUUCAACCAUACCUGAAAGAAGAACUUCAGUGGAGAGAAUCAAGUCGUCAAGCUAACAGCAGUGCAACAGGCUCAAUGGUUCUCCAACUAAAGGAACAAUUAUCCAAUUUACAGAUGGUAAAACAAAAGGAAAUUGACGAAUUGAAAAAAAAGUUAAUCAAACUUGAACACUCUAACAUCAAACUAAAGGACAGAGUUCGACAAAUUGAAUGGAAGGAAGGUGGGGCAAGUGGUGGAAGGGAAACAAUUGAAAACUUAUCCAUUUUACAGAUGGUACAACAAAAGGAAAUUGACGAAUUGAAAGAAAGGUUACUCAAACGUGAACAGUCUAAAAUCAAACGAAAGGACAGAGUUCGACAAAUUGAAAGGUUUCAUGUACAGGAGGAAGGUGGAGCAACUGGUGGAAGUGAAACACAUUCAGAUACAGGUUUUUCCGAUGCUGUCACCUCACAUUUUCUAAAAUCGGCAACAACGAACAACACUUUCGUCCUCCUGUGUAUACAUCUGAAGUAUGACAAAGACAGAGUCAAUCUCGACACAGUCCACAUCAACACACAAGGAGACCUGGUCAACAGGAAGUCGGACACCAGACCUGCAGGGGAGGGGAGACUGAAGAAGUACAGGGGCACAUGUAGCACUGCCCCCCUCCCCCGGGCUGGCUGUCCCCAGUACUGGGAGGUGGUGAACAGGGUCAGUCUGGACAAACCACUCACAGGGAAGAACCUCAUCCUGGAGGUGGGUGUAUGCAGGGAGGAGCAGAGGGACGUGUCUCAUUGUAUCAAUGCACUACCCAGCUCCAGGUGCAUGCUGGUCGCCCGCUGUGCUACACACGGCGGGAUAUGCAGGGAGACAUGGAAGGAGGGGAAGCGUGUGCUGUGUCUGCCUGACACUCUCCCCAACACAGCAGGGGCAUCACACACACUACAUUACGGUGUUGUCUAUGAUGACGCCAGGAAGAAGAUUGUCUUCAUUGAUGUGAAGGAGAACAAAGUGAAAUCGACGUUAGACAAAGUAGACUCCAGUCAGCCACUUUGGCCGAUGUUCGGGGUGCAUAACCCACAUCUCCUCACUGUCAGCAUGACACUUGUAGUGGGCAGCGACAUCACCAUGACAGAGGAGAAGAAAGCAAUGAUAGCCAAGGCGCUGUCAUGAUAGUGACAAUGAUUGCCAAGGCGCUGUCGUGAUAGUGACAAUAGAUGGUUAUUAUAAACACAAUGUGAAUGUCAGUAGUUUGGCUUUUUUAAACAGAUAUUGAUCAAACUGACCUAAGCAUAAUCAUUUGGAAUUAUAUUUGAUACAAGUGAUUAUUUAGAGAAGUUAUUUUUCUGUAAAUGGUGCCAAAAUCAACAGUGUCAUACCGUAUUUAUUUAGGCGAGGUGAAAUCGGGUUUAACGUCGCGUCCAACAUUAUUGCACUUAUAUAGCAACGUGCACGCACGUGUGUGUGUGUAUGUGUGCUUGUGUUAGUCCAUAUUAAUGCCGAUUUUAUAGUGAGA